AUUCGACAAAUAAACAAAUUUCAUCAGCCAAAAAGAAAGCACGAUACAGACUGGGGACUACCUGAUUUUGAAGACAGAAAAACGUUGAAACAACGUUUGGUUUAAUUCACUAAUGGAACUGAAUCGAGAACAACAAAAAAUGGAAUCUAAUCACGUAACAGACAAUACAACAAAUAAUAAUUCAGAAGAAAGGUCAGAAAAAAUGGGACAGACUCCUACCAAUGUACACAGCGCCAAAGACAGGUGGGGUAAACUUAAAACAACAAUGACGGUUACUAGUCAAAUUCAAAAUAAAAAACAGCGCCGCUUAGACAGAGGGGACUCCUUUCUGAGAAAGUUUUCAACUAGAAACCAGGCGGAACUGGACACGUCAGAAGAAAGUGAGGAUAAAUAUCCAUCCGGUUUUCAUAAUCCGAAACACAAAACAUUGAAAUCGUGUGUGAUUCACCCCUCUGGCGGUUUAAUGUUCUAUUGGUUAGGGGUGGUAACUCUUACGGUACUUUACAAUUUAUGGACCUGUAUUGCAAGGGAAGCUUUUAGAGAGAUCCAGAAAGGUUACAUGGCUAUGUGGUUUUGUUUGGACGGAAUGUGUGACUGUAUUUACUUGUGUGAUAUAUUUGUGCAGUUUCGAACUGGAUAUUUACAACAAGGUCUGAUGGUGUACGACUCAUCAAAAUUGUGCAAGAAUUAUUUAAAAGACAAAUGUUUUAUUGUGGACCUCAUGUCUUUACUUCCGUUAGAUUUUCUGCAGUUUUAUGCAGGUGUACAUCCAAUGUUACGGUUUCCGCGGUUUCUGAAAAUAUAUCGAACUGUUCGAUUCAUGCACAUGUACGAAUCCAGAACAGCCUAUCCGAAUCUACUACGGGUUGCAAGCCUUUCUCAUAUACUGUUUCUUGGAUCUCACUGGUUUGCAGCUUUUUAUUACCUCAUUUCGGAAGCAGAGGGGUUCGAGGGUGACUGGUCUUAUCCGAAACCCGUGGGUCAUUAUGCCGCAGUAACACGCAAGUAUUUGGCCUCCUUGUAUUGGUCGACCUUGACAUUGACGACUAUCGGUGAUCUUCCACCGCCAGAUACAAAUUGGCAAGCUAUGAUGUCGUACGCCUCAUAUGUGUUUGUGAUUGUGAGCUAUUUGAUUGGUGUAUUCAUUUUUGCUACAAUCGUUGGUCAAGUUGGAAGCGUGAUAACUAACAGAAAUGCCAGCAGACAGGAGUUUGAGAGGUUACUGGACGGGGCUAAGUUCUACAUGCAGAUGCACAAUGUUCCACCUGACCUACAGAAGCGAGUCCAGCGAUGGUAUGACUAUGUUUGGACUAGGGGUCGUCUCAACUGCAACGAUAUCAACUCUUUAGGCUUGCUACCCGAUAAACUCAAAACAGAACUUGCUCUUCAUGUAAAUCUAGGUACACUCAAAAAGGUGACGAUAUUUCAAAAAUGUCGUCCAGAAUUUCUACAUGAUCUGAUGUUGAAGAUGAGAGCGUAUAUCUUCACGCCGGGUGACUUAAUAUGCCGCCGCGGAGAAGUUGCCAGGGAGAUGUUUAUUAUUGCCGACGGCGUCGUUGAAAUAUUAGGGGACAGCGGCACGGUGUUAACACAGAUGAGUACUGGUGAUUUCUUUGGUGAAAUUGGUAUUCUGAAUCUAGAUGGCGGCAUCAACAGGAGAACGGCUGAUGUACGGUCUGUUGGGUAUUCCGAGCUGUUCGUGUUGUCACGUGAAGACGUUCUUGCUGCUCUGAAAGAUCACCCUGACGCUGAGAAUAUAAUUCGAGAAUACGGCCAAAGGAGACUGAAGGAAACAGAAGAACAUAGAAAAAUGCUAAGAAGCGCACCAAGCUCACCAGAUCCUUCCGCUUUCAGAGGAAACAGGGGGCCAAAUGGAGUUCAUACUGAAAAUGCAAGUCCAGGAAUGAUACAUUUCCCACAAGUGAAGUGUUUACAAAAGCUACCACAAAUGUCGCCAAAACUGAGGAAAUUCUUCACUUUUAGGAACAAACGAAUGAAACGAAGAGACAUUCGAAGAAAUUCCGUGACGUCAGAAAACAGUUCUUUAAAUCUUUCAAGUAAUACUUCAAACCAAGAUGCUGUGACUUUAGAAAGAAUUCAUCCAAAUAAAACCGAUAAUGGAAUGAGGUUGCCAGUCUCUAAUUUAGAUAUAAUUCAGGAGAAAGACAUUUCUGAUACGGAGACGGAGAUAAAGUCUGAACAGGUUAACAGUACCGGUAGUACCAGGCUAGCUGAUCUGGUCCUAAAUUUGCUAAAAAGUCGACGGCAACUUGGCUACAAGACAGUAAAUUCAGAUGAUGCGGAUGCUGAGACACCGUUUCAAGAAAUACAAAUGGAUAACAUUAAUGUGAGUCCAGAAGACAAAAAUGCUUCCAGUAAAGUGAACUAUGCAUAUAAUGAUAAAUUUGAAGACUGUAUAACAAGAACCACACCUGGAAGGGGAUCUCAACACCAUGUCUUAAUGAGAGAAAAUGCUGUAGACUCUAGGUUAGAUUCCAACGAUAGUAAUACCUCUACUCCUAAAAUUAUACUUACACCAGAUACUGAUGGUGUUAUAAUCUCAAGUAGCAACAGCGACGAUGACAGCGAUAAUGGCAACAGCGCACCUUUAUCCGUGCCAUAUCUGCCAAUUAGAAACCACCUUUCUCGGAAAAGUAGUCCGUGUAUUCUUCCAUUACCAACAACACUAAACGACAGAACGGGGAGAAAAUUCAGCUGUGCUCCACCUCUAGAUCUUCCAAUAGAAGUGCCAUCUUUCUCCAACUUCAGGGGCUUAUCCGGCAAUACGAAAGAAAUUUCUUCCUCUCUAGACCGAUUUAAAUCUCAGAUUAUGCAACGACUGGACACUAUGGAGUCCACAAAUAAGGAAACUCAACUUCGUCUACAGGAAACACUGAUGUUUCAGGAAAAAAUGAUGAAGAAUUUACUAAAGAAAUUAUCAUCAAAAGAAAAUAUAAAAGAAGAGACUGUCAGUAUUAAGUCAGAUACAACGAUUGAAAACAGUUUAAAGAGACACAACAGUGCCAAUGUACCAAUACAAAAAACUAACGAAUGUCUUCUAAAUCUACCACAAACUUCAUUUGAAGCCGCAUCUUGCAUGCCAGCGGGUACGCUAUCCACCACAAACAGCGACAGAAAAUUACCUAACAGAAGCUGUGAACUGUCUAGUUAUACUAGUAUUGAACCGUCCGCUUCCGUUAUGAUAAAUUCUUCACCCAGUCAAGGUCAGGAUGCAUCGGAAACAAAACGCGCGCAUGAAGUGAAGAAGGAGCUUCGUAUAGAUGUAGGCAAAAUAGACGAAGCCACGCCCUGUGAUAAUCCUGUAAGAAACAAUAGUGAAUCAAGAACACGUAUUAACCUUGUUAAAGAUGAAUCUGUUCAUAACACAAACCAAUCGACACCAACUGAGAGCGUUGAUGAAAAUUUAGAGUAUAAGGUGACACAUUUAUGACAUACACAAAUGACAUUUACAAGUCAAUUUGUUAAACAUUUGCGUAUUUAAAAUAUGCAGCUCCGAAGUCAAAUAAAGCAGUUUCAAACUG